AUGGCAUCCAGACUAUCUGCGGGUCUCGCAACACUUUCGUGCUUGGGAGCUAUGGUGAACGCCAACCCCUUGUCGCGCCGAGGAACCAUUGCCUCUGAUGAAAUCGUUGGCUUCAACCAAACUGUCCCAUCUGGAACGACCGGCGACGUCUAUUUGGCGUAUCAACCCUACCUAUACGUCGAGAACGGCUGUGUCCCUUUCCCAGCAGUGGAUAAAGAUGGCAAUACAAAUGCCGGUCUCGCCACUACCGGAGCUUCUAAUGGCGACUGCAGCAGCAGCACGGGCCAGAUCUACGUUCGGGGCAACAGCUCCGGUGAUUACUAUGCCCUGAUGUAUGCCUGGUACAUGCCCAAAGAUGAGCCGUCCGAUGGCCUUGGCCACCGUCACGAUUGGGAAGGAGCAAUCGUUUGGCUAGCCGAUUCCACCAGCACUUCAGCAGAUAAUAUUGUCGCCGUCUGUCCUUCCGCCCACGGUAACUGGGAUUGCAGUACCGAUGGAUACACGGUCGAUGGCACUUCCCCCCUAAUUGACUAUUAUAGCAUCUGGCCCGUUGAUCAUUGCUGUGGUCUUACGACCACUGUAGGUGGCACUCAGCCUUUGAUUGCUUGGGAGUCCCUUCCCACGGUUGCGCAAGAUGCCUUGGAUACGACUGACUUUGGUUCUGCCAUUGUUCCUUUUAUCGAUGCUCACUUCUCUACGAACUUGGAGGAUGCCACAUUCUAG